AUGUUUGACGUCGACUUCACGCACGCCUCGGCCUCUCCACUACCACCCUCUGCAUCGCCUGAUGUAGGCGUCCAACUGCUCCACGAUUUCGAAUUAGUAGUCAAGCUCAACCCAGACUGCAAAGGCUGCAAAAAGAUACCACCACCCCAAGGCACGAAGAACAGGAACCCGCAAAUCAAUAGCGGGAAGACACCAGGCGGCCGCACUCCAGGCGAUGCGCGAGGCGAAAUGCAAUACUACGAAGUCGAAGACGACCUACCCUUCAUGCCCAAGAAGCUCUGGAGCGGCGGCGUGAAGUACGUUGCCGAUUUCCUACCCACAGAAGAUGGCUGCGAUAUCACGGUCCACGCACCAGGCGGUUUCACCUCCACGAAUCACUGGCGAAUACUCCGAGAGAAUAUCCCCGAGGAUGGCGAGAUGACAUUACAACGGGUGCAGUCGAAAGAUCUUAUGCAUGCAGACAAAGGAAUGGGAGGAUGGUAUGUGCAGAUCAUCAGCGAUGCGAGAUGUAGUCGAACAUUUGCUGGCAUUGUGAAAGGGUUUUUGAAGGCGAGCCAUUCGCAGUUGCAGACGGCUUUCAUUGGGAAGCUGCAGGCUUCGCCUAAGGAGCAGAGGUCUAGGCGGCCGACGAUGGGUCGUAGGAGAUCUAGUGCAGCAGGCGAAGAACGUCUCGAUGAAUUGAAGCGAUGGCUUACCCGCAGUUCAAACCUUAGGAUUGAGAUCACGCACACGGAUCUCGUCAUGGCGGUCAAAGCAGCAGUUGAUCAUAUCUCCAUGGACUUACACGUUCAUGCCCACAUACUCAUCGGGGCAGCAGAAGCUGGUGAGAGACCACUUAUGAAGAUCAAGGACGGAGAGGAUUGCUUUCAAACAGGCGAGGCGUUUGCCUGGGAGACCGUGACCAUGAAGAGAAUUGCUGAUUUGAGUCGGGAGGCUUUGCAGGAGAAGCUUGAGCUGGCGCAGUUGGAGAUCUGGUGGUUUAGGAGGGAGCUUGAGAGGUUGGAGGAGAAGUUGAGGAAGGCGAGGGAGAGGAGGGAGCAAGGCGUGGUAGAGCCGCUAGCAUUCGAGGUUGUCGAGAGGCUGGAGGAGGACCGGUCGCACAAGCGAACGCGAUCAGCUGUUACCCGCGCACUUCAACGCAUCUCAAGCCGAGGAGAGGUUCCAACGCUAAGCACACAACGCGAGAACGAGAACGAGAUGGUGGGCCCGAGCCCUACAGACGAUGGAAGACGGGCAUCAAAUGGCGAUUUGUUGUCGCCAACUGCACCGCGAGCCUCGAUGCAGAGCAACCGCCCUCAUCUGUCGACGACUAUGUCCAAUGCUGGAGCGCCCCGUAAAAGCAUUGAGUUGACCAGCCCGAGGGAGCCAGCAGAGUUGACACCAUCCAGUGCUGCUCAGGGCACGUCGAUUGAGCAGUCCGUGCGGCUAUUCAAGGUCUUCGAGAGCUUGCGGAAUGGAGAUACGGCAGCUAUAGCAAGAGCUUGCAAGCCGGAUGGUGAUUCUAAAUUGGAAGGCACGACUGUGCUACACCUAUCUAUACAAUGUGCUGAGCAGGCCGUGAUCGAGUAUGUGCUGUCGCAGCAGUCACAAGACAUCAAUGGUCGCGACCGUGAGGGCAACACCCCUUUGCACGUUGCAUCUAUGCUUGGCCGAGCUGCGAUUGUGAAGUUGCUGCUCAACUCGGGCGUCAACGAUACCAUCGCGAACUAUCAGGGCAAGACUGCACUAGACGUGGCACGGACGCCCGAGAUUUUCCAGCAAUUGCAACUGAAUAGAUCGAUUCUCAUCGACACCAAUGUCCGCAAGGUUCAGCAGCUGGUCAAGUCAAGCGACUACGACGGAUUAGAAAAGCUGCUUGGUGAUAGCCGUGUUAGGUCAACUCUAGACAUCAACGGUCCGGAACUUGCAACAGAUCCCGCUACUAUGGAGCAGGGUGGGACGCUAUUGCACGAAGCUGCACGAAACAAAGAUAUCAAGCUUGCUCAGCUUCUUCUGCUCAACGGCGCGGAUCCAUUCAAGCGUGACAGGAAGGGCAAGUUGCCGCAAGAUGUGACCAAGGACGAGCGAACACGAUCAAUACUGAAACGCUCGCCCGCGGCACAGACUGCGCAACGAAAUAUCCAGGAGCGCACUAUCCUUGGUGAAGGCGCCUCGGUGGGCUCUAUCGCAUCUCCAAACGAUGCCGGUGUCGGUGGUAAGGAGGCUCGUGAGAUGAAGGGCUACUUGCGAAAGUGGACCAACUACACAAGUGGCUACAAGCUCCGAUGGUUCGUCCUAGAGGACGGCGUGCUGUCUUACUACAAGCAUCAGGAUGAUGCCGGCUCUGCGUGCCGUGGCGCUAUCAACAUGCGUAUUGCGAAGCUGCACAUGGAUUCGAAGGACAAGCUGCAGUUUGACAUUCACGGCAAAUCUUCAGUGAAAUACAGCCUGAAAGCAGAUCAUGAGAUCGAGGCGAAGCGGUGGUACUGGGCACUCAACAAUGCGAUCCAGUGGACCAAGGACGAGGCCAAAGAGCAGCAGAAGCGUCAGCAACAGGAGACUUUGGCCAUCCGAGAGGCGCGCAACGAGCAGCUCGAGCGGCAGAGGACGAGAGAGGCAGAAGUCGCACAGCCUGGUAAACUUAUCCCGGGGACUGUGUUGGACGUGCCAUCAGGAACAUCCACUCCGCAAGUUGGCAGUUCAAUCCGCGAUGAAGCUAGUGUGCGAGACAAUGAGUCUGUUCACGGUCUAAGCAACAUUGGCACAACCAUUGCUGGCGACAUGGACGAUGACGAAGAGUAUGGCGACGACGCAAGCAGUCACGAUCUGAAGCCAGCUAGCAAAGACGCCUUCAGCAUUACUGCACAGUCUGCUAAGCUCCAGCUGGAUUUGUUAGAUCAAGUCAAUGCGGCUGUGAAGAAGGAGACCGAGAAGAACCCGGAUCUCCCAGUGUCGGAUCCCACCAUCAAACAGGCUGCAGCGUCGUACGAGACAGCUGUUGAUAACCUUAAGGGUCUGCUCAUGGAUCUCCUGCGCAUCUCACGUGACCAUGAGGCAUACUGGCAGUACCGGGUGGAUCGCGAGCUGAACAUUCGCCGAUUAUGGGAAGACAGCAUGGCAAAGGUGGCAGCAGAUCAGGAAGUGCUGGAGAGUCGUAUCGGAGAGUCCGAGGACAAACGCAAGCGGACGAAGCGUGCCCUGAAAGAUGCUUUGGCUGCCUCUGAAAGCAAGGCGCUCUCUCCAGAGGAGGACACCACUGUCGACCCGACCAAACUAAUGUUGGAGCUGCCCGAAGAUAAUUUCAGACCCCGAUCUAGACGGCCUACUAUUGCUCAACUUACGAACAAUGAGGUGUCGGACGAUGAGGCUGACGACGAGGAAGAGUUCUUCGAUGCUGUGGAUGCAGGAGAAGUCGAGGUCGUAGAUACCAUGCCGCCAUCUAGUCCACCAGCUUUCACUGAAGAGCUGAGCUUGGACCAGGUUCUGGAUCAGAAGGUCGAUCCUGAGAAGCAAGGCAAGGAGCUUGAGAUCGCCAAGUCCUACAAGGGCUAUGAGGACGGCACACGCAAGCGACUGAAGCUUGAUGCUGACAAUCGACCCAAGGUCUCGCUCUGGAGUAUCCUGAAGUCCAUGAUUGGCAAGGAUAUGACGAAGAUGACACUGCCUGUGUCCUUCAACGAGCCUACGUCGCUACUGUAUCGUGUCGUGGAGGACAUGGAGUACACUGAUCUGCUGAAUGUGGCAGCCGAUCGCAUGGACUCCACCGAGCGUUUGGUCUAUGUUGCCGGCUUCGCCGCGUCUGAAUACGCUAGUACGAUUGGACGUGUCGCCAAGCCUUUCAACCCGCUGCUCGGCGAGACGUAUGAGUAUGUCCGCCCGGAUCUUGGCUACCGCUUCUUCAUCGAGCAAGUCUCGCAUCAUCCUCCAGUAGGUGCAGCAUAUGCUGAGAGUCAGAGGUGGGACUACUACGGCGAGUCUGCCGUCAAAUCGAAGUUCUAUGGCAAGUCUUUCGAAUUCAACCCUCUGGGUACCUGGUUCUUACAUCUACGACCUGCUUCUGGAGGCGAGGAACUGUAUACCUGGAAGAAAGUGACCUCCUCCGUAGUCGGCAUCAUCACCGGUAAUCCCGUGGUAGACAAUUACGGGCCCAUGGAAGUCAAGAAUUGGACCACGGGAGAAGUCUGUUACCUUGACUUCAAGCCCAAAGGCUGGAAAGCUAGCUCUGCUUUCCAGGUCUCUGGUCGUGUGGUGGACAAAGGAGGCAGGACAAGAUGGAGUAUUGGUGGACGAUGGAAUGACAAGAUCUAUGCUCGGUUCACGCCUGGAUACGAGGCUGCUGUCGAGGCGCCUUCGGCUGAGAAGCCAGGCAAAGAUCAAGCUUUCUUGAUUUGGGAAGCUCAUGCACGACCGACAGGUAUCCCAUUCAACCUUACGCCUUUCGCUGUCACGCUUAAUGCUAUACCCGACCGUCUGAGACCUUUCCUCGCACCCACAGAUACGCGCUUGAGACCGGAUCAGCGUGCUAUGGAGGAGGGCGAGUACGAUUUUGCUGCUGUGGAGAAGAAUCGUGUCGAGGAGGGUCAGCGUGCUAGGAGAAGGACGCGAGAGACGAGGGGUGAGGAUUUCGUGCCGAAGUGGUUCAAGAAGGCGAGGCAUGAGGUCACUGGUGAGGAGUACUGGGACUUCAAUCAUCAUUAUUGGCGUGUGAGGGACGAUGUGGCGGACGGGAAGACGAAGUGGGAGGAGCAGGGGUUGGAGCCGAUCUACCAGUGA